UAUAUUUUGGUUUGACUUUCAAACACGAUACGCCUAUUUUCUCUCCUCCUUCCGCUUCUUUCUUUCAACGCCCCCCAACAUAUAUGGUAGUUGGGUGUUGGGUGUGGUUAACUUUAUCUCUCUACGAAAACUCCUCUGUCUAUAAUCCAUAUCACCUUUCUCUUUUCUCUCUUUUUUCGUCUGUUUAUAUUGGGUUGGAUAUGGUGGUUAUCGUUGCUGGCUGGUAAAUCUCGACAGAGAACAGCGUUAUGGGUGCUUGUGUCUCGACUCCUCAGGGCUGUGUUGGUGGUAAAUUGAGCUCCUCUAGGAAGAAGAACCGAAAAAGAAGGAAGGCCCUUAAGAAAAGAGUUUCUUCGCACUUAUCUGAUCGUAGAUCACUCGACCGGGUUGAUAGGUCCGCCCAACCUGAUCAUCACCGCGCUUCCUUCACCAGCCAAACUUUUCAAGGAAGCACUGAAGAGGCAUGGUAUGAUUCAGUUGCAAUAUUUGAGUCUGACUGCGAUGAGGACUUUGAAAGCGUACAGGAUGAUGUGUUUUCUUUAAAUGACUUUGAAGGUCUAUCUGCAUCAAGCAUGUCAUCUGUUCGAGAUAUUAGUGGUGCGGGGCACACCUCUUUUACUGACCACAUGCAUAGGCAAGGGGAUAUAUCAGCUGGCAAUUCCUCUCACUAUUCGGUCAGUGAAGUUGCUAAAAAUUCUAAUGGUCAGGUUUCAAAUUCAGAUGAUGGUGGUUCCUUAUUGAAAUCUGACAGCUCAACAAAUGAAGCAAAAAAACCUGUCUUCCUUGAUGAAAUCUCCUCCUCUGUGGAUGAAGGCUCUAGCAAGCAGGAAGGGUUGUUGGAAAACUGUGGGAUUCUUCCCAACAAUUGUUUGCCUUGUCUUGCUCCUAUUGCCCCUACAGUUGAAAAGAGAAGAUCACUAAGCUCUAGUCCUCCCAGCGCAAGGAAAAAGACUGCCUUAAAAUUAUCAUUUAAAUGGAAGGAAGGGCAUCCUAGUGCCACUCUAUUUUCUUCCAAGAUGCUGCUGCAGAGACCAAUAGCAGGUUCUCAGGUUCCUUUCUGCCCUGUGGAAAAGAAAAUGUUUGAUUGUUGGUCAAACAUUGAACCAAGUAGUUUUAGAGUUCGAGGACAUAAUUAUUUAAGGGACAAGAGGAAGGAUUUUGCAUCAAACUAUGCUGCGUACUAUCCAUUUGGUGUUGAUGUAUUCUUAACUCCGCGAAAAAUAGAUCAUAUAGCUCAGCAUGUGGAACUUCCUGCUAUUAGCUCUUCUGGGAAGCUUCCACCUAUUCUUGUUGUAAACGUUCAGAUUCCAUUAUAUCCUGCCGCAAUUUUUCAGGGUGAAGCUGAUGGAGAAGGAAUGAGUUUUGUUUUGUACUUUAAGCUUUCGGAUAGUUACUCUAAGGAACUCCCACCCCAUUUUCAAGAAAGUAUCAGAAGAUUAAUCGAUGAUGAAGUUGAAAAGGUCAAAGGUUUUCCUGUAGAUACUAUCGCCCCAUUUCGUGAAAGACUGAAAAUACUAGGUCGCGUUGCAAAUGUAGAUGAUCUUCAUUUAAGUGCUGCAGAGAGAAAACUUAUGCAGGCUUAUAAUGAAAAGCCUGUACUUUCGCGUCCACAACAUGAAUUUUACUCUGCUGAAGAUUACUUUGAGAUUGAUAUAGAUAUGCACAGAUUUAGUUACAUCUCUAGAAAAGGAUUUGAAGCAUUCCUAGAUAGGCUAAAGCUCUGCGUCUUGGAUGUUGGCCUAACAAUUCAGGGAAACAAAAGUGAGGAGCUUCCAGAGCAGAUAUUAUGUUGUAUACGGUUGAAUGGUAUUGACUACAUGCAUUACAAUCAACUUGCAAUAAGUCAAGAGUCCCUUUGACUUAAUAAGUGCUCAAAGAAUAGGCAGCAAAUCAAGAUUUGGAAACCUGUUCAGCUUAUCUGGGCCCACCCAUAUAACAUUUUCAAGGAUUAUAGUCUAAUCAUUUAUUCAUGAGUUGGUGAUAAAUUUAGCCUGGAAAUGGGCAAGGAAGAAGCAAAAGCCUGUCUUCCAAGAUCCUUUUGUUUUUUUUGUUGCUGCUAUGUUUAUCAUUUUGUAGGCUGCGUUUAGAGUUUCAAAGUCAUGUAAACAACAAAGAUUUUCUUCAGAAGUGAAAUGGAAUGUUAGCAAAGAAAUAGAUGAGAUCAUUUUUGGAUGCUGUUCUUGCA